UCCUUCCCAUCGGCCUCGGCUUGCGGGCCUUUCAAACAUGGAGGAGCGGGAGCGGGGGGCGAGGUCGGCUCUCGCCGGGAGCCCCGCGCGCCCGCCCAGCCCGCGGCUGGAUGUCAGCUCUGACAGCUUCGACCCUCUGCUGGCCCUGUACGCGCCCCGCCUGCCGCCCAUCCCCUACCCCAACGCACCCUGCUUCAACAACCUGGCCGAGUACGAGAGCUUCCUCAGGACCGGGGUCCGGGGCGGCGGGCGCGGGCGGGCGCGGGGCGCGGCCGCGGGCUCAAGGGGCCCCGCCGCCGCUGCCGGGCUCUCGGCCAGAGCCCGUCGCCGCCAGGACGCCCCCGCGCCAGACCCCGAGCGCAUCCAGCGCCUCCGUCGCCUCAUGGUGGCCAAGGAGGAAGGGGACGGGGCCGCGGGGCCGCGCCGGCGGGGUCCGGGCCGGAGCAGGAAGGCGCCGCGCAACGUGCUCACGCGAAUGCCCUUGCAUGAAGGCAGCCCUCUGGGUGAGCUCCAUCGUUGUAUCCGGGAGGGAGUGAAGGUGAAUGUUCACAUCCGCACUUUCAAGGGUCUUCGGGGUGUCUGUACAGGCUUCCUCGUCGCAUUUGACAAGUUCUGGAAUAUGGCACUUACCGAUGUGGAUGAGACCUACCGAAAACCUGUUCUAGGCAAAGCGUAUGAGCGGGAUUCUUCAUUGACUCUCACUAGGCUGUUUGAUCGCCUAAAACUUCAAGAUACCUCCAGAAAGGAAGCAGAUUCUAAGUCUGCAGUUGAAGACUCCACUCUGUCCAGAUAUUCCCAGACAUCUACUUGGAAGGUGGCUUCAGUGUGGGGAAGAGAAGAUACUGACCGGGGCUCACGCAGGCGCUCCCGCUCCGUCCCUUCUUCCCUGCAGGCAUCUGCAAGGGAGGAGUCCAGGUCAGAGAUGUCAGGGAGGACUACACGGACAGAAGGGUCAAGUGCGGGAGGUACCUUUUCCAGGGCUACCACCCUUUCCAGGGGCCAGCCCCGUAAGAAAAAGCGAAAGCCCAAAGUGGAUUACCAGCAGGUAUUCACUCGACACAUAAAUCAGAUUUUCAUUCGAGGCGAGAAUGUCCUGCUGGUUCAUCUUGCACAGUGACCAGCUGGCCUCCCUGGAGCUUUGGUUUUUAGAAAUAAAAUGCAUGAAUUGCUGCUAUGCUGUAUACUAGUAUCCCAGUGAAACUCUGAGUUGGAAUGAUUCCCUCUGGUCCUGCAUGUGCAGAGCAUAGAGCCAGGCUCCGGCCCUCUGGAAGAUGAGCUCCCUCAAGGGGACGCAGGCCUUAGGAGGGUGGGUAUUUGCAUUAAUAUCAAGUCAAAAGCUGUACAGAGGAAACAACAUGCAUCUUAUUUGGUGUCAUGGUCGAGUUUAGACACUCAAACCAAAUAUCAAAUCUUCAUUUGAAUUAGGGGUCAUGGUAUGAAUUAAAUUCACCUCACAGAUACUAAAAGGGUGGGAGGGAAAAAACACCUCAAAAAAUAAUUUCAUUUCUAAAAGCUAGUGCCCUAAGUACUCAUGAAUUUGAUUCUAAGAGUAGCAAUAUAAAUUUCCCUGUAGUCUUGUACCCACAACUUGUAACUGACCUUGGAAUUUUGCUCUACACCAUUCUCUCUUGAUCAAGAAAUGUAAUUUAUUACCUUUGAAUAUCUAUAAAACUAAGAAAGCUACCAACUUAUGAAAGAGUAAAAUUUGGAUAGCUGGUAUGCUCAGAGCAACUGACAACGAAUAUUCUGUUUUUACCCCUCUCAUUAUUUAAAGGGAUACAGGACUUCAGUAGCCUUCCCCACUUAGCAGAGGUAGCUUCUGAGAAUGGCAUGCCAGAUGGGACUAGAAGAUGCUCACGAGGUGGCUUCUUGUCCUUCUCUCACUUCUGUGGCAUGGUGCUAGUGCAUGUACCCAGUGUAUUGCCCUUCUGUACGUAGUGUGAACUGUUCCGUGAGCUUUAUGGCAGGUGACUAUGACCUUCGUAUCUGGCUUCAAAGAGUUCUGCAUGAACUCAGUAGUACGUAUGCAUCACAUGGUUGAGAGUUCCCUUUCUGGUUAGGGCUGGCCUGUGUAGACUAACUUUCAGAAUGGUAUUUCCAUGAAACAGGAGUGGUAGUUUUAUUCCCUGGUGUCAUGCCGAAGAGGUUCUUACAAAGUACAGUGGGUGGCAUCUCUAAGGGACACUUUACUCACAGCCUGGCUUGAGUAAUGAGAACACUGUAGCACCCUCUGAUACUUCUACUUGAAUCAUACUAUAUGCUUUUUCAGUUGCUAGUACAGAAUAGGCUACAUCUAGACACAGACUGUUAGGCAAUCUUGAUUUUUUGUUUUGUUUAUAUUUGGUUUUAUUUUAGAAUAACUUAUGUUCAAAGUGGGAAUAGGAAUUGCUAACUAGGGCGCCUGGGUGGCUCAGUUGUUGAGCGUCUGCCUUCGGCCUGGGUCAUGAUCCCAGGUUCCUGAGAUCGAGCCCCACAUCGGGCUCCCUGCUCAGCAGGAAGCCUGCUUCUCCCUCUCCCACUCCUUCUGCUUGUGUUCCCUCUCUCGCUGUGUCUCUGUCUUAAAUAAAAUCCUUAAGAAAAAAAAAAUAGCUAACUAGUUAAAAUGUUUGAAAAAAAAAAUUCCCCUGCUGUAAUUUUUAUGUAACUUAGGUAAGCCUUCUGAGAAGCAGGGUGAAUAUUGUUGAGGGAGUUAGGACACCUGGUCCUUCUGCUAGCUGGGCCACUGGCUCGUCAUGUAAUGAAAGGAGAGCAGACUUAACCCCUCCGUGCCUCAGGUUUUCCCAUCAGACACCUACCUCACAGGGGCACUGAGACAAAGAAUUUAUGUCUCUAAACAUAUUUAAGUGCCAUGAGUAACUUUUACUAACUAUAUUUCAUAGCUCGGUAAGAGUUCUAUGUCUUAUGAGCAAGGCAGGUGCUACAUGUGAAAGUCAUCUCCGUAGGUGUCAUAAUUAUGAACUUGUCCUCAGAAGGCAGUGAUAUCUUCAGGAAUUGUUUUCCAUAAUCCAUUCCUUUCUCGUAAAGGACAAUGGAAGUUCUUAGAAGAAUAUCCUCAAUAAAAGAAGAGUAACGUUUCUUUGCUGCUUCCCUCACAUCCCAGCCCCAACCCUUUUCUGUUCAUCGUCAGAAAGAAUUCCCCUUUCCCCUGAACUUUUCAAGGGGUUUGUAUGGUAGUACCAAAGGGACAAUGCACAUCUAAAAAUGACACAUCCCCAAAGGGGAAUUGUGGAAGAUGUUUUGUUUCAUUUACUUGUUUUUAUUUUAAAAUGCAUUGUAAAUAUUCCUCGUUAGAGCCAUAUCAGAUACAAUAAACAUUUAGAGAGGUUCCAUGUUACAAAGUCAAGCAAUUAUCUUUGGAAUCUGCUCAUCUAAUCUAUGUCUAAAAUCUCAGUUUCUCAAUUAAUAGUUAUCUUGUUUAAUCAUCAGGUACCCCUGCCUCUACCUCUUUACCAGUCUUUCCUGUUAGAUGUCCUCCUCUGUCUGCCCUUCUGUCCCUCAGCUAGAAGUUGCAAUAGAUACCAGGUUUUCCCAAUAAAGUAAGUUUGGUAUCAAAAGGAAUAUAUCAGUUUCCAUUCAUUUUAGUGCCUGACUAAAUCUAACGUGAUUUAUUUUAAACACAUGCUGCAUUUUCAUGUUUGUAUAUAAUUUUCAUAUGUCCAGAUAACGAUUGGUUUGCUACUUUUCUGUCCAAUCUAAUAAUUCUGGCUCUGAAAAUUAUUUAAACUCAUGUGAUCAGUCUGAUGUGCCCAUAUGCCCCCAUUUAUUGGUUUGGUUUGGACAGUGAUUCUAGGAUGAAUACUACUUAGUAAAUAUGCUGUUUUGUACAAAGUAUGACAAUUCUUUUUUAGGGAAGUCAGUUUUUAAAAUUUUUGCCUUUUCUUUAUUAUUGUAGAAAUUUUUCAAAAGGAAGAAAAAAUUGGUUCUAAUAACCUAUGUGCUGCUCAAAAUAUGUCAUCACCUAGAACAUUAUAAUAGGUUGCUAUGAAAAUAACUGAAGUCUUCCUCAGGAGAAGGAAAGAAAAAGAGAAAGUAACAGCCAGAAUGGUAGAGUUCUGGAGGCCCCCACGAGCUCACUUGAGGGGGGCCCUACACAGCUGAAAUGCAACAAAACUGGUUUCUAGGAUUCUCCAGGGAUGUGGGCUUAGAACAAUUGGUAGGAAUAAGACUUAUUUUUGAACAUCCAAUUUGGGCUCUUCAAGUAAUCUCUAGACAUGGGAAUCCGUUUCCGAGACAGUUCAUGGGGCGUACCUGUGCACUUCUCGAGGUCUUCUCAGGAGCACUGAGCAACGGGAGAUGUGGUUUCACACCCAGAAUGAUUUCAUGUGCCAUUCUUUGUACACAGAGGUGAUUCUAUGCCUCUACCACCAGGAGAACUUCCGCUUUAGGUUGUUUGUUCUAGUACUUGGGAAGCAUUUAUGCUCCGUCCAGAGACCAUCUUAUCAUGGCGGGCUGUUUGUGAGAUGGUUAGCCAGCGUUAGCAGUGUCUAUGGCUUUAGACCAGUCGGUUCCUUGCUCUCUGUGCAUGGUGCAUAUCAAGUCAGAAAGCCGAGAAACCAUUCACAUUAAAGUCUAGAUGCAUGAGAAUCCUUGCUCUGAGUUGUUAGUGGGUCAGGAGGGGCUUCAUCUCUCCUUGUGGUAAAAUUAUCCAGCAGUACCUUUAGAGAUUGUCGAGGCAUGAACUAUGAGCUGCCUUUAAUCUUCAGAAGCUGUGUACAGAAGUCUAGGUAUACCACUUACCCCUUGAGAGAAAAAUAGAACCCUAACUUGAAGCUGAGGGGUUUUGUAUUUCUAUUUGCACUAUCCCCAUAGCCACUGACAUGGGCAAAUUCAUGAAAUAGAAUUGAUUCUCUACAUUUUCUCUUAAUUUUUGCCUUUAGGAAAAAUUAAAAUUCUUCAAAGACAGCUAGCUGUCACUGGUGCUGCCCCAAAGCUUUCCCAUUUGUAUGCAUUUUUUAUGAAUGAAAUGGUUGCUACGGGAAGGCCAAGGUUCACCUAAGAGUAUCAUGGUAUAAAUAUAAUGGUUUAGCAACUGUUUUAAUUUUUCUUUUCCUGUGCCAGUUAUAGACUACAAUCAACCCCUUUUCAGUAGCUUCUGUUCAUCGGCCUAUGUUUUCCUGGGCAGUAACUCCCAGAUGCUUUUCUUAGUGAUUAUAAAGCAAGAAAAUCUUAUCUGGGCCUAUGUUGCAAAGGUGGGUGGUCUACUUUCUGGCAAAUUGAGUUGGUGGAUUUUAGAUAAGCCUUUGGGGUUCCUGUCACAGGUUCCUGGGCUCUGAGGAAGGGUUGCACCUCUUUUACUCUGAGUGUUUUGAGUAUUUUUCAAGUGUUUGUAAGUUCUCUUACACUCCUCUAAUAAAAAUGAAAGCUAUCUGUCAAGGAAUGGCUUUGGAUGGUUCAGAGAUCUGGGGGAAAAGAAAUAAGUACACCUGAGACAUUCAGUUGGUCUUUUAUUUAUUUAGAAUGAAAAGUAUUUUGAUAAGCUCCCAGACUUAGUACUGCUUUAAAAACACUCUGAAAAGAUGGCAACUGUCCCUCAGGAAAGCCAUAAAAGCUACUCCCAAUACAUCGCAAUUGCUUUUGAUUUUUAGUCCUUUGGAACAAAUGUCUGAUGUUAUGUCUGAUGUUAUGUUUUUAGAGCUGUGGGGGGAAACGUCUAAACAGUUUUAGGGGGUAGUAUUGAAAUGAUUAUCUGGCUGAAUUAUGUGUGAGCUAGAUUCUAGGGCAGCUGUCCAGGUCUUUUUCUGUUGUCCUGACAGUAACGCAGGUAGUGAGCCGUGUCUUGAAAAGUGAUUUGCUUAUUUCCUACUGACAUCUAAAGACAUUAGCUUUCUGUUUGGCAACCCUGGGGGUACCCCUUUGCACCGUGACUUAUUAAUGUUUUUUUAGACAAGGCUAACCUGGACGACUCUCUCUCUGUAUUUCUAGUUUCAGUAUUCAUAUACCAGCUGCUAAAAGAAAAACCAUAACUUAUAAUCUUGUCUUGAAAUUACUCCUAAUUGUGAAGUUCACCUAAAUUCUUCAUGUUUAGGGAGGAUUGCUGCUAGUAACGUCAGUUUGCAGUGUUCUGCUUUAGGUGUGUGUCAUAUGGGAGUCUGGAAUCUGUAAUAAAUAUGAUUGUAUUAAUGUA